UAACAUGGAUGAUACGUGGAAUAAUGUAGAAUUAACAAAUAUCUCAAGACGAAAAUCGUAUACCUUGAAUCACAGUUACGAUUCAACAUCUAAAUAUUCGGCAUUUAAUAACAAUGAAAAUGAGAAGCCAUUGCAAGAUACGGGAUCUUCGUCUACCGGUCAGAACACAAAUGGAGGAUCUGAAGACAAAUGCCUUCAACCGGGCUCUGACAUUAAACCGAAUGUGCCCAUUGAACAAGUGGAAAGUUUGCUACGACGUUUAUUUGGCAUAACCAUUGGAGAGAUUAAGGAGCUAAUUUCAUAUGAUGAUCGAAACUACUAUAUUAAGGAGGAUCCCAAUAUUAAAAACCCCCUUAUUGCAUCACAUUGUCCCCAUGGUUAUGUUUUGAAAAUACUUAAUGCCUUGGAUUCGAAAAAAGAAGAUUUUGUAGAUGCUCAAAAUCAGCUAAUGUUAUACUUAUCAAAACAUUUACAGUGUCCUCGUCCGGUGGCCAAUGUUAAUGGUAAAUUGUAUAGUGUUGAGAACAUUGGUGGAGUGCAGCAUAUUGUGCGGUUAUUGGAAUUUGUGCCUGGGAAAAUGUUUCACGAAGUACCCAUAACCAAUUAUUUACUUUAUCAGAGUGGUGAAUAUUUGGCCAAAGUUGUUAAGGCUUUAAAGAACUUUAAUCACGAUGCCUACGAAUCGCACACAAGUACAUGGCAAUUGCAGUCAGUACCACAAAUUAAAAAAUUCCUCUAUGUCUUGGAGGAUCAUUCUCGCAAAGCUUUGAUUGAAGAAGUAAUUGAGGCCUUUGAAAGCAACGUUCUCGCCAAGUUGGAUACAUUUGAAAUGCAAAUUAUCCAUGGAGACUUCAACGAACAAAAUGUAAUCGUAGAGCAAUGUUCAAACGGACAAGAUUACAAAGUCAAGGGUAUAAUAGAUUUUGGCGAUACAAAUAAAUCGCCAAUUCUAUUCGAAAUCGGAAUCGCACUUACUUAUAUGUUGUUGCAAGCAAAGAAUUUAGAAAGCGGUGGUAUUUUUCUUGCCGGCUUUGAAACUAUGCUGCCGAUAAGUGCCGAAAUAAAAUCAUAUUUGAAAUAUUGUGUUGCCGCCCGUUUAGCCCAAAGUUUGGUGUUGGGCGCUUACACCCAUUCACUACAUCCAUCUAAUGAAUAUGUUUUGGUAACUCAGGAACAGGGUUGGAAACUUAUUGAAGAAUUAUGGCGCGAAAAGUUUGAAACAAUCGAUGAUAUAUGGAAAACCACUUGCGAUAAAUAUUUACAAAGCAGUGUCAAGUAA